CGGGAACCCCGAUUCUACACAGAUUAUGGGGUACUAUCUUCGAUAUCAAGUGGACUUGAUUGGGAAAAGUAUGUGUGUAAGUGUGUUCUUAUACAACAACAUCCACGUCAUGCACAAUUUCUUAGCAUGGUUCAGCUCCAACGUUCUCCUGCUUCCCAACUCAAACUUUCGUGCCCCCUUCCCCCCUCCCAGCCCUUCCCCUUGUUUCCCCGUGUUUUUUAAUAAGCUGGUAUUUUUUUUUAAUCCUAAGUCAUGGAUAUCGAACAAGCUCGCGCACUGGUUAAUAACCACCUUGACGAACUGAGCCCCGAGCUCCGCGUGAUCAACAAAGCUCUUCAUGAUAAUCCAGAGACCGGCUUCAACGAAUUCUUCGCCCACGAUACCCUCACUUCAUUCCUGGAAAAGAGAGGUUUCCAGGUUAAGCGGAAAACAUAUGGCCUAGAUACCAGUUUUGAAGCCACACUGGGCUCCGGCGGCCGUCAGGUCGUCGUCUGCGCUGAAUACGACGCCCUACCGGACAUUGGCCAUGCCUGCGGCCACAACUUGAUCGCGACGUCGUCCCUCGCGACCUUCCUCAGCGCAGCCCAUGCCAUGUCCACCCUCCACAUCCCAGGCCGCCUGAGGAUACUAGGCACGCCGGCCGAGGAGGGCGGAGGCGGCAAGGCUCGGCUCAUCGACGCCGGCGCCUUCAACCCGCCCGACGACGUCGCCGCGGCCAUCAUGGCCCACCCGACGGCCUCGCACCAGAUUGGCGCCGCGGAAGACAACUUCUCCGGCCUGGCCGGCCUCAAGCUGAUCUGCAGCCACAAGUUCCAGGUCGAGUUUCACGGCGCGACGGCGCACGCGGGCGGCGAGCCGUGGAAGGGGACCAACGCCCUAGAUGCCGCAGUGGCGGCGUAUGCCAGUGUUGGCAUGCUUCGGCAGCAGAUACGCCCGGACGAGAGGAUCCACGGCGUCAUCGAGGUUGGGGGUACCGUGGCAAACGUCAUCCCCGGUUACACCCGGAUGAACUGGAACGUGCGAAGUGCCACCGUCGCGCGCGCCGAUAAGCUCCUGGCCCGUGUCAAGGCUUGCCUAGAGGCCGGCGCUCUUGCAUCCGGGUGCACGGUUAACUACAUCUUCGCGCCUACCUACAUGGAUUUGAGGGCAAACAAGUCUCUGUGCAAGACAUACGUUGAGGACAUGGCUAAGAUCGGCGAGAAGGUUAUGCUGGAUCAAACAGUACCAUUCAAUGCAUCCACUGACAUGGGCAAUGUAUCAUACUUGGUGCCUAGCUUCCACGGAGCUUUCACCAUUCCGACCGCGCCAGAUGCGGCUGCCCACAACCCAAAGUUUGCUACUGCUGCUGCUACCGAUGAAGCACAUGUAGCAGCAAUGAACUGCGCAAAGGGGAUGGCGAUGCUGGCGUUGAGGGUUCUUACAGAUGACUCUCUUGCAAGCGGGGCGCGGGAAGAUUUCAAUACCCCCGACAGUUAGGAUCUAAUAAUCGAUGAUCUGUUGGAUUGGGGAAUUAAAGAAUCACUUGUAAUUAUAACAGCCAGAACAUGACCCCAAUCUGGUCACCAGGUCCAGUGUUAUGGACCGCGGCCUGGAUCAAUUGAAUACCGGGCAUCCGCGCCCUGGCUCAGAGCCCGGGACUAGUCCAAGCCAUGAGUUAAGGGGCGUGGUGGUCUGCCUGAAGGUUUGCGAAGGCAGGCUUAAUCUAAGUUUUGGCUGCAAGAGUCC